AUUAGCGGUUUUUUUCAUCGCUUAUCUCUCCCUCUGAGGAUCUCUAAUAAAAACUUCAAUCUGAAAUCUGUGCUGAAUUUAGUUUCCCAGAUAGCAAUGACCAGUAAUUUACCUGUUCAAGAAAUUUGCAAUGAAAUGUCCAUUGAUAGCAUAGGAGGGAGUGAGGAGAUUCCACCUUACCAGUCAGAGCUUGACAGUGAGCGAUCGGUCCCGCCAGUAGACAGCCAGGAGGUUCUGAUAAGUGAUCUAUUUGUGGGGUCCAUGCCGGACCCCAGCCAGCUGGUUGGUCCCAAUGAAGCCAACUGCAGCUUAGUCUGUGAUACCUGUUCCAAACGUUUCAAUGAGUGGAGAAAACUCCAACGGCAUCUGGACUGCCACAGGCAGCAGAAGCUCAAAUGCGAACACUGCGGCACAUUUCUGAAAUCACGUUCGACUUACGCAUCGCAUCUGCAGCGGCAUAAAAAUAUCGGAAGAUUUCAGUGUGACCACUGUGACAAGAAUUUUGCCGCUAGAAGAGACCUACAAACACAUCUCAAAGUGCACGAUGCGACGGCAGAACGGUUCUCCUGUGAUAUAUGUGGAAAGGAUUUCGGUCGCAUUUAUUCCCUACUUGAUCAUCGAAAGCUACACAAUGGAGCAACGGAUUUCUGUUGCGAAAAGUGCGGAAAAGAAUUUACUAAGCGGAGGCACUUACUACUGCAUGAGAGAACUCACUUGCUUGAGGAAGAGGGAUUUUAAUAUAAAAAACGUCUUUAGAUCAAUUAAAAUUACAAAAGUAAACUCUCUAAGUAAUCAUCAAACUCCUCUUCUCGAGAUUUUUCUUCCAAAUCGGGACCUGAGAGAAUUAAAUAUAGUAACUUUAGAAUAGAA